CUUCACACAAACCACAUUUCCAUUUCCCUUCAAAUCAAAAAAUGGAGCUCUUCUACGUCUCCCUCCUCUCCGCCUUCGUCGUCGCCGUCUCCGUCUUCCUCCACUUCCUCUUUUCCAAGCCGGCCGCGUCCGGCCUGCCCCCAGGCCGGACAGGCUGGCCAGUCAUUGGAGAGAGCCUCGAGUUUCUCUCCACUGGCUGGAAGGGCCAUCCGGAGAAGUUCAUCUUCGACCGGCUCGCCCGCUACUCCUCCUCCGUCUUCCGCACCCACCUCCUCGGCGAACGCGCCGCAGUCUUCUGCGGCGCGUCCGGGAAUAAAUUUUUAUUCUCGAACGAGAACAAGCUCGUCCGCGCGUGGUGGCCCUCGUCCGUCGACAAGGUCUUCCCGUCCUCGUCCUCAUCCUCGUCGUCGCAGGAGGAGGCCAUCAAGAUGCGCCGGAUGCUGCCCGGCUUCUUCAAGCCGGAGGCCCUCCAGCGCUACGUGGGGAUCAUGGACCACAUCGCGCGGCGCCACUUUGCGGACGGGUGGGAGGGCCGGGACGAGGUGGUGGUGUUCCCGCUCACGAAGAGCUUCACCUUCUGGCUGGCGUGCAGGCUCUUCGUGAGCGUGGAGGAUCCGGCCCACGUGGAACGGCUGGGGGGGCCGUUCGAGAAGCUGGCGUCCGGGCUGAUCUCGGUCCCCGUGGAUCUGCCCGGGACGCCCUUCAAUAAGGCCAUCAAGGCGUCCAAUUUUAUUAGGAAGGAAUUGCUGGCGAUUAUAAAGCAGCGGAAAGUGGACCUUGACAACGGAUCGGCUUCGGCCACUCAGGAUAUUUUGUCGCAUAUGCUGCUGACGAGUGAUGAGAGUGGGAAGUUUAUGACUGAAGCGGAUAUUGCUGACAAGAUUUUGGGGCUGCUGAUUGGUGGACAUGAUACGGCUAGCUCUGCAUGCGCCUUUGUUGUGAAAUAUCUGGCUGAGUUGCCUGAGAUUUAUGAAGGAGUCUACAAGGAACAAGUGGAAAUUGCAAAUUCGAAAAAGGAAGGAGAAAUGCUAAAUUGGGAUGAUAUCCAAAAAAUGAAAUAUUCAUGGAAUGUAGCAUGUGAGGUUUUAAGACUUGCGCCGCCACUUCAGGGUGCUUUCAGAGAAGCCUUGACCGAUUUCACGUACAAUGGCUUCACUAUCCCCAAGGGCUGGAAGCUCUAUUGGAGUGCUAACUCGACACAUAUCAACCCGGAGUGCUUCCCCAAUCCUAAGAAGUUUGACCCAUCGAGAUACGAGGGCACGGGGCCCGCGCCCUACACCUUUGUCCCGUUUGGGGGAGGGCCGAGGAUGUGCCCCGGGAAGGAGUACGCCCGGUUGGAGAUCUUGGUGUUCAUGCACCACCUUGUGAGGAGAUUUCGGUGGGAGAAAAUUAUUCCUGAUGAGAAAAUUGUCGUGAAUCCGAUGCCGAUUCCGGCCAAGGGAUUGCCUAUCCGCCUUUACCCACACAAAGCUUGAAUCAUCUUCAUCUAUUUAGUUGUUUUGUUGUUUGUAUUAAAAUCUCUUUUAUAUUGAAAUGUCAAAAUUAAAUCAAGAGAAUGAUUUAUUCUCUCUCUCCAAGAUUUUUGUGAUGUGGUUGUGUAAGUUGAAAUCAAACAAGUAGAAAAAUUAAUUGUCUCA